AUGUUCUACUCGGUGUUCGUGUUGGGCAAGAAGGGCCCGCUGGCCCGUGUCUGGCUAGCCGCCCACUGGGACAAGAAGAUUACUAAAGCACAAAUUCUCGAGACGAACAUCGUGGAGAGUGUCGACUCGAUUCUCCAGCCAAAAGUAAAACUUUCUCUCAGAACGUCAUCUCACUUGCUCCUGGGUAUAGUGCGCAUUUACGCCCGCAAAACGCUCUACCUCCUGCAGGACUGUCAGGAUGCUGCCUUCAAGAUCAAGUCAGCCUUCCGACCGGGCGUCGUCGACUUGCCAGACGGCAAAACCGAGGCGGCCAUCAGUGCAAUUACCCUUCCCGAGAUGUUCGACUUUAUCAACGACUUUGAUAUUCACGCCGAGCCGCAGAUUCUGGUGGAGCCGACCACGUCGGCCAACUUGCGCAACAUCACACUGCCCGAUGACAUCAGCAGCAUCAACGUCGACGACCAGCUGAUGGACGGCCACCCGUGGUCGGACAUUGGCUCCAUCGGCGGCGGCUCCAUCAACAUCAGCAACGGCAACGACCUCACGCUGAACGACAGCGGCAUCUCCAACAACGUGGACAUGUUCGACAGGCCAGCGCUGGACGACGGCUUUGGCGGUCAGCUGGGUGUCGGCAUUGUCGACGAGGACGACGUCUUCGGCAUGACCAUGCCCUCGCAGGAGGAGGUGAACGCCGCUGGCGGCGGCGGCGCCGCCGGUGAAGGCACCAGCAGCCAGGCAAACCUGGAGAAUGGCCACGGCGGCGAGGAGAGCAACCUGGACAACCCCAUCUCCUCGAGGCCCAACUCACCGGCGAUGAGCGACAAUAUGAGCUUUGGAGAUGGCGCCUCCAUUGGCGGCUCCAUUGGCUCGCCCGGCUCGGCGGACAUGCUCGACGACAUUGAGCCUUUUGACGCGGCCAUCAACCACAAUGGCCACCACAACAUGGACAACGACUCGAUGAUCACCGAUGACAGUCACAUUCACCGGGCGGGUGACAGCAUGGCCGGCGGCGAGAACGGCCAACCGUCGCACAACACCCUCGUCCUCGAGCCCAUCGACUCGCAGCUGGGCGGUCUGCUGGAGCGAAAGCGCAAGCGCAGGAAGAAGAUCGGCAUGGUCAUCGACGAAGUGAAGACUCUUUCCGGCGAGGAGAUGAAGUCGCAGCUCUCCGACACCAAGGACAUCGUCACCAAUCUCGACCUGGCCCCGCCCAAUAAGAUGCUGAUGAACUGGAAGAAGACCGGCCUCAGCGACAAGCUCUUCACGCUGCCGGAGCGGAACAUCUCCACGAAGGUCCUGGUCAUCUGCUACUCGCGCAAUCUCAUCACCAGCCGCUACGACGGCACCGCCGAGAAUGAGAUCCUCAACGAGGACUGGGAGGCGCAGGAGGAGGCGGAGGACCUGAUCAACCUGAACGGAUACCCGCAGAGUGCAGGGCCGCACCACCCCGACCAGGCGAACGACAUUGACGCAAUCAUUCCCAACUCGCCGGAGAUGGCGGCGCCGAAGACGCCGAGGGCGCCCAAGUCGCCGGCACCGCCGCGGAAGAAGCGCAAGACGGCGGAGAAGGACGACAAGGAGAACAAGGUGGAGAUGGCCUUCAAGCGACCACGGGACUCGCGCCUCGAGAAGUCCUCCAUCGGCGAAGUCCGCCAGAGUGUGGGAGAGGAGGCGAACAACCUGUCGAACCUGCAGAACAACCACACCUUUGAUGGCAACUUUGACUCCUUCCACGGAGGCCAGGACGCCCCGUCGUACCAGCAGCAGCAUCAGGACCCGUCCGCCUUCUCCAGAGAGUCGUCCGUCUACGGCGGGCGCGACCACCAGUCCGGCCACCAGGACAGUCUCGCCAACAGCAGCGCACAGCCGGCCGCUUUCGUCGAAUCGGAUGAGGAGGAGAAGGAGGAGGACCCCGACGAGUACUUUGAUGAUGACUUUGGCAUGGGCGGGCCACUGUCAGUCGGACCGAAUGAGGAGAUGCUGCCCGAGGAGACGGCGGACCAAUUUGAGGAGCGCAUUCGCAACAAGCGCUCCAACAUUCUCCUCAAGCACAUGGGAUCUCAACUGGAGGAGGUGGGCCACAUCUACUUCUCCAACCUGAUUCGCAACAACAAGAGAAAAUUGGUUGCACAAAAGUUCUACGCUCUUCUGGUGCUGAAGAAGCAGAUGGCCAUCGAGCUGGAGCAAGACCCUGAGAACCCCUACUCUGAGCUGACCGUCACCAAGGGCGCAAAGUACGACGAGCACAUGGUCUCCUCAGCAUAA